AUGGCGGACGAGGACGGGGAAGGGAUUCACCCCUCAGCCCCUCACAGGAACGGCGGCGGCGGCGGCGGCGGCGGCGGCGGCGGCGGCGGGGGGUCUGGGCUCCACUGCGCCGGGAACGGCGGUGGAGGCGGCGGCGGCCCGCGGGUCGUGCGCAUCGUCAAGUCCGAGUCCGGCUACGGCUUCAACGUGCGGGGCCAAGUGAGCGAGGGCGGGCAACUGCGGAGCAUCAACGGGGAGCUGUACGCGCCGCUGCAGCAUGUGAGCGCCGUGCUGCCGGGGGCGGCCGACCGGGCCGGGGUGCGCAAGGGGGACCGCAUUCUGGAGGUGAACGGCGUGAAUGUUGAGGGGGCGACACACAAGCAGGUGGUGGACCUGAUCCGAGCAGGCGAGAAGGAAUUGAUCUUGACAGUGCUAUCUGUACCUCCUCAUGAGGCAGAUAACCUAGAUCCCAGUGACGACUCGUUGGGACAAUCAUUUUAUGAUUACACAGAAAAGCAAGCAGUGCCCAUAUCGGUCCCCACAUACAAACAUGUGGAGCAGAAUGGUGAGAAAUUUGUGGUAUACAACGUUUACAUGGCAGGGAGGCAGCUGUGUUCUAAGCGGUACCGGGAGUUUGCUAUUCUGCACCAGAAUCUGAAGAGAGAGUUUGCCAACUUUACCUUUCCCCGACUUCCAGGGAAGUGGCCAUUCUCUUUAUCAGAACAGCAACUAGAUGCCCGACGUCGUGGGUUGGAAGAAUAUCUAGAAAAAGUAUGCUCAAUACGAGUUAUUGGUGAGAGUGACAUCAUGCAAGAAUUCCUAUCAGAGUCAGAUGAGAACUACAAUGGUGUGUCCGACGUAGAGCUGAGAGUAGCAUUACCGGAUGGAACAACAGUUACAGUCAGGGUUAAAAAGAACAGCACUACAGAUCAAGUAUAUCAGGCUAUUGCAGCAAAGGUUGGCAUGGACAGUACAACAGUGAAUUAUUUUGCCUUAUUUGAAGUGAUCAAUCAUUCCUUUGUACGUAAACUGGCCCCUAAUGAAUUUCCUCAUAAGCUCUACGUCCAGAAUUACACAUCAGCUGUGCCAGGUACCUGCCUGACCAUUCGAAAGUGGCUUUUUACAACAGAAGAAGAAAUUCUCUUAAAUGACAAUGACCUUGCUGUUACCUACUUCUUUCAUCAGGCUGUUGAUGAUGUGAAAAAAGGUUAUAUCAAAGCAGAAGAAAAGUCCUACCAAUUACAGAAGCUAUAUGAACAAAGGAAAAUGGUCAUGUACCUCAACAUGCUAAGGACUUGUGAAGGCUACAAUGAAAUCAUCUUUCCUCACUGUGCCUGUGACUCUCGAAGAAAGGGGCACGUUAUCACAGCCAUCAGCAUCACGCACUUUAAACUGCAUGCCUGCACUGAAGAAGGGCAGCUGGAGAACCAGGUAAUAGCAUUUGAAUGGGAUGAGAUGCAGCGAUGGGAUACAGAUGAAGAAGGAAUGGCCUUCUGUUUUGAAUAUGCACGAGGAGAGAAGAAGCCUCGAUGGGUUAAAAUCUUCACACCAUAUUUCAAUUACAUGCAUGAAUGCUUCGAGAGGGUGUUCUGCGAACUCAAGUGGAGAAAAGAGAACAUUUUCCAGAUGGCGAGAUCACAGCAGAGGGAUAUGGCCACUUAGCCUUUCCUACUCCCUCUCCCUUCUCUUCACCCUCAUCCUCUUAUCCCUUUUCGUCUCCCAUGUCAGACAGAGUAACCAUUAACA